GUUUUGUUCUUCACAGAAAUUGCAGAAUGCGCUCAGAUGAAUAGUCAUGUCGCCUCUAUACUGCAAGAGCUUGUGUUUUUCCUCAGUCUGGUCUGCAUCAGUGAAACCCUUCGUCGCUUGCUACGCCGAGCAAAGCCGCAGUCCCGGGCGGUGGAGGGCUUGCUGAUUUGCAGCCUGGUGUUAGGAUGGUACAGCGUUUCCAUUACACUGGUGCUGCUGAACAAAUGGGUCAUGACCUCCUGGAAAGGUGGUUUGCCCUUUCCAUUGCUUUACACCAUGAGUCAUAUGGUUUUGAAGGGCUGCUUCGCGCUCUUCUACUUGAAAGUCACAUGCCAGCCGCUGGGCCUCCCAAGUCGCGGCGCUUGCUGUGGGGCAACGCUGGUGGGGGUGAUGACUGCCUUGGACGUGGCGGCUUCAAACAUGAGUUUCCUUUUCAUCACCGUGGCCUUCUACACGAUGCUCAAGUCCGCCUCAUUGAUUUUCAUCCUGGUCUUGGGUGUCCUGAUACGGAUGGAGAAAUGUAGCUUCGGGAUUGCUGGAACCGUCCUUUUGAUCGCGCUGGGCAUCUUCAUGACUUCCUACGGCGAGACGGAAUUUGAUGUACAAGGCUUCUGGCUGGUGAUCAGCUCCGAGCUGUUUGCCGCGAUGCGAUGGCUGGCCACGCAGAAGACCUUGCAUGCCAGCGGCCUGAGCGCGAUGCAGACGGUGCUUUUCAUGUCCCCGGCCUCCUCGUUGACCUUGGCCCCCAUCGUGUGGUGGCGAGAACGCCACAAGCUGAAACUUUUAGCCGAGCCAAAGGAAUUGCAGCAGUACAUACUGCUGGUGCUCGCACCAGGCUUCUUGGCGUUCUUGCUGCUUCUCAUCGAGGUGCAGCUGGUGAAGGUCACGUCUUCCUUGACACUCUCCGUGUUUGGCAAUCUGAAAUCUGUAGUGACCAUCCUUUUCUCCAUUGUCGUCUUUGGAGAGCAGACCACCGGGCUGCAGUGGUCUGGUCUUCUCUUGGCAUUGACGGGCAUGCUGAUCUACGCCCGGAUUAAGAACAAGUCCGUGGCCGUGGACUCCUUAGCCCAUGCGGGCUACCAGGCUUUGCCGCAGGAGGCGGAGGAGUUGGACGGCCACGGCGACACGGCCGAGGUGGAAACCAAAGGGGUGGACGAUGUCGCGCCGAAGGCGGGUGACACCACGCUGCCUGCCACGACAUUGGGCGCGAAGAGCGCGCCUGUAGAGGUGGAAGAAGAACUUUGAUGAGUUUGUCGUCCGGUGCGAAGAGAUUGGCAUUCAGAUGCUGGAAAAAGAUAGGCUGCACUGCACCAUUUGGAGAUGAUUGGACAUGCAUUUCCGUCCUUUCCUUGUCAAAGACGGCAAUACAUUUGCAGCCCAAAACAC